AUGGCUAACGUCCCCCAUGGUGGUGUUCUUAAAGAUGCACAUGCUCGAGAUGCUCACAAGAACGAAUCGUUACGAGUCGAAGCAGAAUCCUUGCCUUCUAUAGUAUUGACAGACCGUCAAUUAUGUGAUUUGGAACUUAUUAUGAAUGGGGGAUUUUCUCCCUUGGAAGGAUUCAUGAACCAAGAUGAUUAUUUAAGGUUGGUUAUUAAAUUUAGGAUAGAAAUGUUAAAUAACGAUUCGCCAUUAGCUAUUUUAACAAUCCAAGAUAUCUUUCAACCAGAUAAAGUUGAAGAAGCAAUGAAUGUUUUUGGCGACAAUGACGAAAUACAUCCUGGUGUGAAUUAUCUUAAAAAUCAAGUCAAAGAAUAUUAUAUCGGCGGCAAUAUUGAGGCAAUUCAGGCACCAAUACAUUAUGACUAUGUCGCACACCGGAAUACGCCUGCUGAACUUCGUGCUCAUUUCAAAAAACUUAAUUGGUCUCGCAUUGUCGCGUUCCAAACGCGAAACCCAAUGCAUCGUGCGCAUCGUGAGUUAACUGUCAGGGCUGCAAGGAUUAGACAAGCGAAUGUUCUUAUUCAUCCUGUAGUUGGCCUGACUAAACCUGGUGAUGUCGAUCAUUACACUAGAGUGCGUGUUUAUCAAGCAAUAAUGCCAAAAUAUCCCAAUGGAAUGGCAACAUUAAGUUUAUUGCCAUUGGCUAUGAGAAUGGGCGGUCCGAGAGAAGCCCUUUGGCAUGCUAUUAUUAGAAAAAAUUUUGGUGCUACACAUUUUAUUAUUGGUAGAGAUCAUGCUGGUCCUGGAAAGAAUUCGAAUGGUAAAGAUUUUUACGAACCUUACGCAGCACAGGAACUUGUAGCAAAAUAUAAGGAUGAGCUAAAAAUUGAGGUUGUUCCAUUCCAAAUGAUGACUUAUAUUCCUGAUUCAGAUGAAUAUAUGGCAAUUGAUGAAGUACCAGAGGCUGGUGCAAAUAUUCCCGAAUGGUUUUCAUAUCCAGAGGUGGUUAAAGUACUUCGAGACACAUUUCCGCCGAAGUCAAAACAAGGAUUCACCCUGUUCUUAACGGGAUAUUAUAAUUCUGGUAAAGAUUCUAUUGGCCGAGCUUUGCAAGUUGUACUUAAUGAACAAGGUGGAAGGUCAGUUAGUUUGUUGUUGGGUGAAAUCGUACGUCAUGAACUUUCAUCCGACCGAGACCAAAAUAUUGCUCGUAUAGGGUUUGUAUCUUCAGAACUCACGAAAGCGGGUGCAGCAGUCAUUGCUGCGCCAAUUGCACCGUAUGCAGAAGCACGUAAUCAUGCAAGAUCAUUAGUUGAAGCUUAUGGUGGUUUCUAUUUAAUUCAUGUUAAUACUCCUUUAGAAUAUUGUAUUAAAACUGAUAGAAAAGGAAUUUAUAAAAAAGCACAAUCUGGUGAGAUUAAAGGGUUUACAGGCGUCGAUGAUCCCUAUGAAAAACCUACAGAUGCAGAUAUUGUCGUUGAUCCAAGUAAACAAAGUGUUAGUGAAAUUUGUCAUCAAAUUGUUCUAUUGCUUGAAAAG